AUGGCAAGUAAUACUACUACGGAGAUUUUUGAUGAUGCUAUAAAUUUUGGUGUUUUCUCUGCUGCUACUGUUCCAGCUGUCCUACCAGAUAUCCAUGGUGUUGCAAAUACGUUAUUGCAAACACUAAUGUCAAAACACAGGUUGCCCUGGAUUGAAAAACCUGUUCCAUUACCUGUUCCUUCGGUUGGUGCCACUUUGACUUAUGCUGAAGCUUCACUACAUAAAGAAGCUGGGAAAGGUCAAUUUGAAAUUGGACUGGCAUAUACAGAUUGUUUUAGAGCUGCUGAUACAUUAAUUUAUACACGUGAAGUCAUCAGAAAAGUUGGAAGGAAAUAUGGAUUUCAUCCAACGUUUUUGCCAAAGUAUUCGUUAGACGAAUGGGGCUGUGGAUCACAUGUGCAUAUAAGUUUGUCCAAGAACGGAAUUAACGUUUUUAAGGCAUCUGACGGAUCAAGUCAAUAUGGGAUUUCCAAGAUUGGGGAAGCAUUCAUGAGUGGGGUGUUAGAUCAUCUUCCUGCCAUAUUAGCAUUUACUGCACCACAUCCUACAAGUUAUGAGCGCCUGUAUUCUAAGGAUUGGAACGGACGAGUUGUCAGUUGGCAGAAAGAAAACAAUUAUGCAAAAAUUAGUACUUGUAGACUUCCAGGAGCUGAUGUUGUAGGCCAUUUUGUAUGUCCUGCAUUUGAUGCAUGUGCGAACCCAUACUUGGGACUUGCUUCUAUACUUACUGCUGGGAUCGAUGGCUUGCGGAAAGAUUCGAGCCUUCCUGCACCAGUAGAUAGAGAGAGUCGUGUCAAUCAAGAGGAUUAUCGAAGACUACCAGAUUGUCUUACUGAUUCUUUAAACGCUUUAGAGGAAGAUACAUUGUUUAAGGAUAUGAUGGGUGAAAACCUCAUGGUUUGCAUAAAAGCAAUUCGCAAGGCUGAGAUCAAUCACUACUCUGAAGAUGAGGAACCAUACAAGGACCUUAUAUACAAAUUUUAG